CGCGAUGAGAUCAUACUGCGGCCUUCACUCGCGCUUGUUACAUUCAAACAGGUGUUGCCUGUUGAAAUUCCGAUGUUAUUACGCCAAAAAUACAGAGUUUCCUUCCGAAAUUUCGAUUCUUCAUAAAAUUUGGAGUCAUGAGUAGUUGCAGUGAACACUAUUCAGCAAGAAUUCCGUUAAUUUACUGUGAAAUAAAAGCAUAGGAGUGUUUAUCAACAGAACCUUGAAAUUAAGUGCUCCGCAUUAUUCGACCCAAUUUGUCACAAAUAAUCACAAUGUUUCAGUUGGUUUACGGCCGGUUAUUUAGUGACCCUUGCUGAAGAGCUGGAAAGGAUAAAUCGCCUUGAAUAGUCAGCUGGAGCCUCGUUCCCCAAGAAAUGCCAUAAAAAAAGACUACAAUAAAGCAUUUUCCUCUACUGGAUUUUUAAAUUUUUGAACUCUGAUACACCAUUAGGUACGUUUACUUUUGGAAUUGUAGAUUUUCUACAAACUGCGUUUUGAAUGAUUCGGUGCCCGGCGGUAAACCUAACAAAGGCUCGGUCAGUGCGACUAGUUGGACUGAGUGCAAGUUCAUUAAAAGGUUCUGUUAACCUUAAGUCGGUUCAUCAACUCGGGUAAUUUUGUUAAUUUUUUAAGGACGAAUUGUGGUGCGAGGAUUACCACACGUCCUCCGCUGGAUUGCAUAAAAAAUCUAGUGUGAGAAAGUGCGUGGGUGACCCGACGAAUUCUUCCGAGGUUAACGAGCAAUUUAGCUUGAGCUUUGACGGGUUGGAAGUGUUAAAAAAAGUCUCCAAAAUUGUGUCAUCUAGUGAGGAAUCCUGCUCUAGACACAUUCAGAUGCGAGGAAACGUAAAAAACUGAAUUGAUAAAAACAUCGUCUCGUGCUUGAAUACACGCGUGCGCGUCAACUUGUAUUGCGUAAAGGAUCGAAAUUCGACAACAAAAGCCAAACUCGGCUUCGCUCUCCUGGCCUUCAGUUGUUAAUAUGAAAUAUUGACCCACACUCUCGACGCUAAAGUUAACGUGGUUGGUGACAGUGAAAAAUCAAUAGAAACUAGUGCAAAAUUAAGGCUGCUUGCGGUCGUGUAUUUAAACGGAUAAAAUGUGCCUUUAAAGCUAGUGUUCGUGAAAGAGCUAAGCAUGUUCAGCAUCGGCAAGUUUAAGUGUAAUCAAUCAAGAUUGCUGGAACUAAAAACAUCAAAAAUCAAUCGAUAAUCGAAUUAAUUUAGUAAAAAAGUAAAUAUUCUAGAGUCAACUGGUUAAAAGGAAUGACCUCAAAACUUGUGAUUGGACAGUUAAAAAGGAUAUAGCGUACCUUCGCAAGGGAUAUCUGACUUGUUUAAAGGAAAAUCGAAUGUAAAAAUGGCUGAUGAUUUGGAACUCAAGCCCAAGGAGCAGAGUGGUUUCUGCACACCCAAUCCUUACUCCCUGGUCUACAUCGCACUUCAAGACUCCGAUAUCGAGGGCUUUGAAAAACACUUGAGGAGCCUCACAGCCACGGGCAACUUCGACAUCAAUCACGUUUACGAUGAUCCACAUUACGGAACAUUGCUUGAUAUCGCAUGCCAAGCCCUGAACUAUUCAGACUUUGUGCGGAUUCUGGUUCAAAAUGGGGCAAAUGUGAACCAGGUGAACAAAACGCGUAAAAAAGCACCAUUACACUUUGCAGUGGAGCUGUCCGAUAUCAAAACCCUACAGUAUUUGCUAGACAGUCCUAAUAUUGACGUGAAUAUCCUAGAUAAUACAGGCGGAACUGCUUUGCAUUCUGCAUGUCGCCUUGAAAAGUUGGAUCAGGUUAAAACACUCCUGAACCACAGGAAAAUUCGAGUGAAUGCCUUGAAUAAGAAAAAUCAAACUGCAAUUCAACUAGCUAUAUUAAAGGAGAAUAAAACAAUAGUCUCUGAGCUAUUAAAACAUCCUGAUAUUGAUAUUGAUUCCAUAAAAACACUUUCAGGAGAAUCUAUUAGAGAGUUAAUAACUGAUAGGUUGCCUGACUUAGUUUCAAGUUUGCCAAGUCCAAAAGAGCAUUCAGCUGAUGAUAAGAGUGACAAAGUAUCUAAGUUGUUUUCAUACUUGCGCCAGCACGAUUUAGACUCAUUUGCAAAGCUUAUAAAAGAGGAUCCAAAAUUAGUAAACGCUGAUGACGGCGACCACACAUUUCUUCAGUAUGCUUGCGAGUUUGGCUUGUAUGAUUUUGUUGCACUUUUGGUAAGAUGUGGUGCAGAUGUUAAUGCCACGUGUGCAACAAACAGCAAAACUGGCUUGGUGCUAGCUUGUAAACAAGGAUACUACAAGAUAGUCCAGCUUCUCAUUGGCAAUGAUGCAGUUUCACUUGCGCCAGUGAACGAAGAGUCCAUUCUUCAAACAGUCAUCAAAAAUUCAACCUCAGAGAAUGCAUCAUUUUUGGGUGCAACCAACGAGGGUCGUGACUAUUUUAAGUGUUUGAAGGUGAUUCUGCGAAAUGCACCGGCAAAUCAGUUGAACAUCAACCAGGGUGAUCUGAAAGGCAACACGGUUCUACACUACGCGGCCAAAACUGGUAAUCAAGAUCUUAUUUUCUUGCUCCUUGACCAUGGAGCUUACAUUGGGACCAGAAAUGUGUUUGGUGAGCCUGCGUUGGCUGAUUUGCCUCCAAAAAUUUUGGAGGCAUACAUGGAUCAAUGUGUAGGUACAAACGAUAAGUUACCACGAGAAGAUAACUUUGAGAUUAUCUUUAAAUACAACUUCUUAGUCCCACCAAAGGUACCAAUACAUGGAAAAAGCAACUCCAAUGCCAUAGAGGAUGUUGAAUCAAAUGAUAAAGCAGUAUUACCAACAUCAGAAACAGAUCCCUUGCUCUACAUGAGCAGAUCUCCUGAGCUACGGCCAUUAUUAAUUCAUCCUGUUUUGACCAGUUUUGUAAACCUUAAAUGGUAUUCGAUUCGGAGGUUUUUCUAUUAUAACUUGGCAUUUUAUGCCUCAUUUUGGUUACUUUUGACAGUAUACAUCCUCGGAUUUUAUGACUCCGGGAGUGGCAACUUAGAUCUGAACGUAGAAAAUAAGACCGGCAGCUGGGACUCUUUCCCUCCACUUAAAACAAAAUCAGAUCUAAGUCUUUUGUGGUGCGCUCUUGCCAUCUUACUUGGGAUAUUAGUAUUACGGGAAUUGUUCCAGUUGUUUGUUUCACCUGUGCGCUAUAUUAUAACAAUCGAAAACUGGUUAGAGAUAUUCCUCAUUAUCGUAACUGCCAUGAUCCUGUUUGGCAAUCCAACCAGGAACUCUCGCAAUCAGACAUCUGCCAUCGGGAUACUUCUAUCAUGGGGCGAGCUAGUUCUACUUAUUGGACGGCACCCUUCGUUGUCCACAAAUAUUGAGAUGUUCAAAACGGUGUCGAACAAUUUCCUCAAGUUCUUAGCUUGGUACUCAAUACUUAUUUUGGCCUUUGCUCUGAGCUUUUACUCGCUAUUUAAAGAUGCCGGUACGGAGGAUAGUAACUUCUUGGACCCAGGGAUGUCCAUUUUUAAAACCGUUGUCAUGUUGACUGGUGAGUUUGACUCAGGUUCUAUACCUUUUGGCUCAAACCCUGGAACAAGUCACAUCCUAUUUGUUCUCUUUGUUUUCCUGAUCGCCAUCGUAUUAUUUAACCUGCUCAAUGGUUUGGCAGUCAGCGAUACGCAAGAAAUACGUGCCGAUGCAGAGCUGGUUGGUCAUGUUUCGCGGGUUAAACUCAUUUCCUACAUCGAGACAAUGGCUCUUGGAAAUCCCGUCCCAAUUCGAGGCUUUGCAGCACAACUUAAAUCCAUGUGCUGCUGCGUUCCGGACUCGUUUUUUGCAUGCAAUUCGAACCGGCACCUAGCGCGCAUUUUCUCCCGCCGUACCAACUUAUUCCCCGACUCGAUUCCUGAUUACGAGAUUCAUGUUUUGCCGAACCAGGAAAACAAGGUGGACCUUGCACAAACCGGGCAUCGCAGAAAACGACAGGAUCUCGAUAGUUACGAGUCUUCAUGUUUUGCUACUUGUCAGAAUUUCAUGAUGGAGGGAUCCAUCGUCAAAGCAGCAAAGGAGAUUUUGAAUAAACAGAACGAGGACACGGAUAAAAUGGAAUUGCUUCAGCUUGAGAACAAGAAAAAAUUAGACGAGUACGGACAGAGACUCCAACGGUUGGAGACUGCCACACAAGAGUCGCAGAAACUUUUAGGAGAAAUCUUUUCUUUACUGAAGAAGAAAAGUAAAAAAUCAUCUUCUGACUCAGAUUAAUUUGUACAAUCUGUUGCUGAAAGUAAUCUCUUCUUGUAAUUCGAACUCAACUAGAGAUCAUUGUUGCAAAACAGACUUAACAUUCCUUUUUGUUUCAUACUAAGUCCACAUUGAAGCUGUACCUAUUCUUAAUGCUUGUGUUAUUUCAGUGUUGUCAAUUAAAUCAUUAUUAAAACAAAACAAAAAAAAAACAGAGAAUUUUAGAAAUAUAAAGAUGAGAAUAUUAAUACAGGAGAAGGAGGGCAGUUAGUUACUGAACUUUCACUCGUCACAGAGAAGUGUCUGAUAAAAACUAGUUUUUUUAAUGUACGAUGAAUACUUUACAGAAACCAUUUAAAAAAAUAACUGACUUAAAUGACUGAUUGUUUCCUACUGAACAUGCCGUUUCAAAGCUAGAUCUACGCAAGGGUAAUACAGUCAUUCAUAACUUCAUAAGUCCUCCCCAAGCCAAGGCAAUUUAUUUAUACUUAAAAAUUUCAAUAAAAGUGCACGCAGGCUUUGAAAAUUUUGUUGAUGCGUAUUUUUCAUAAAAAUACUUAUAUUUAAGAGAAACUUGACCAAUUUAAGCUUUUAUUUAUGAAGCAAUUUAGAAAAGUCAAUAUUUUUUCAAAUUUCUGAGUGAAUGCUAUUGAACUUUUCCUGUGCUGGCGGGACAUCAUCUCUGAUUUUUUCCAUCUCUGAAGCCAAAUAAAAGAAACUCAUUAUUAAAGCUCUAGAUUAAGACAGAGGCCUCCAUUUCAAUUUCAGCCAUCGGGUUCAUGAAUCCUGAACCUGACCAGUGCUUUCUUGAGAUUUAAAAAAAAAAUAGGUAUCUCUUGCGAAACAGAAUUAAUUGAUUUUUGAGCUUCCAAAGAAUGAAAAAUGUACAUUUCCUUGGAACGUUAUGGUGGAUUUUUCUCUGCUUAUAGUUGUAAAUACCUGAAAAAUUGUGAUCAUGGAUAUACUCAGGAGAGAGUUUUUUCUCUCUUUUACUCUUAGGUAUACCUAACGUUCAGAUCUUGAAAAGUUAAAGAUCAAUUUUCGAUUGCUUUUAAUAUUUUGUUUUACCAUAAUCGAAAUGAAUGCUUUUUGUGAUAAGAUUUAAUAAUAUUUAUGAGUGUACCUUUCUUUUUCUUUUUUACCGAAAAUGUCUUUUCCACUAAAUGAUUUUUACGAUUACAAUAAUAUUUAUUAUUGA